AUGGAGCAGGCUCAAAAGGUGGCGAUUCCUGGAGACCGGGAUGGAGCCCAGGGUAACGGGCGCCUCCCGGCUUCGGAGCGCCGCUCGGAUGAAUAUGCGCCUGAGGCGACGCCGCAAGACGGCGGAGAUCAUGAUUUGUAUUACCACGACGAUCCGCAAUGCCCCUGCUACGUGUGUACCAACGGGGUCAUGGAUGCGAAGUCGUCCAUGGCCAACGACGACACUUCCACGGGGGUGGAGUUCGCCGUGCGCUCGUUCUGGCGCGUAGCCAAAACGCAGAACGACGUGGAAUCCCCGAUGGAAGGACACUGCAGGGGGUUCCACUACAAGUUGCUGCUGCACCCGAGGGGUACCGCCGGCACCGACAGCGAGGCCAGCCACCUUUCGGUCUUCGUGGAGGCUUCGGUGCAGGACUGGUACCCGCAGUACUGGGUGUUCCCGAACGUCAGGUUCGAACUCACGGUGGUGAACUUCAAGGACCCCAAGCAGUCGGUGACCUCGUGGGCGCACUGGAGUUUCUCCAGCGACGCAACCAGCCGGGGCUGGCAGAAGAUGAUAUCUCACACCCGGCUGACCAGGGCCAGCGGUUUCAUGGAUGAGGAUGGCACUGUGCUGGUGAGGGGUAAGGCGGAGCCGCCUUACCCGAUGCUCUGGUCUAACUCGCCCCUGUACCACCCGCAGAUGAUGUGGGAGUAUAUCCCCAACAGGGCGCACCGCGAAAUAUCGGCGGACCUACACUCGGAUAAGCAUACCGGCGGAAAGUACAAGAGGUCGGCGUCGCUGCCCGAAACCGUCCCGUGCCACCCGGCGUGCACGUAUGAGUUACACGCGCCCGCGUGCAAAAAUGCAGCUCCGGUACUGCCGCACGGGGACCCGCCCUACGCAAUCAGCGAAAAGGAACGCGAAAGAGAAUGGAAGGCUUUUAUGGAUGCGCAGAAAGUACACAGGUUAUAUUCGAAGGCGAAACAAAAGAUUGCCGAUGCCCCGCCGGCACAGCCCGCCAACACCCAGGGGCAGGCGCCGGCGCCUCCAGUACCGCCUCUACCGCUGCCAAUGCAGUCGGAUCAGGGUGAAUUUGCGGAAGAUGCCUCCGGGAACGACGAGUCGGAUGGGUACACCGAAGUCAACGCGGAAGACACGCUGAUGCAUCUGCAGCCGGAUGAAUAUCCAGGGGUGUCCAGCCACACAAUACUGAAGUUCCUUGAUUCCGUCAUACCGGCGUUGCAGCCGACGCUCGAUGCGGACCUGCUCGCCCUCAUGACGCACAUUUUAUACCACAUCAGGGAGUUCAGAAAGCAUAUCUUUAUGUGGAAUCCGCCGGACCCGGUUCCGGAAGGCAGCAAGGGCGGCAACGGAAUCAUCGUUGCUCUGCAGAAGACAUUCGCAUACAUGGAGCUUUACCCGCUCGCGGCCGCCUGCAAAACGUACAAGCUGGCUGGUAUCGAAACUCAGCACCUGUCGAAGUAUUACCUGUACGAGCUGCUUCCGAAACUGCCCAACGUCAAGAAGGGAUAUGGUUUGAUAGAUUACAGCGACGGUGCAGGCACUGCCAACGCCAACAACUCCGAGAAGUCCACCAACUCAAGUUUCGAGAGCAGCUCGCAGCAGAACCAGUACGCUGGGCGUGGCCGAGGUCAGAAGACAGGCCCGUGGAACAGGAUGCAUAUUCCCACUCCAUUCCCACAACCCAGCGAGGCGCAGGGAUACAACGCGGGCGAGGCGGACUUCAAGCACCCGAACUGCUGUUAUUUCGACGGAGGCAGGUACGAGUGGGAGCUGAAGCACAGAACGCCAAGCAAAGAUGAAAAUUCUGGGGAUUCGGUGACUGAGGUGCAACGUGAGGGCGCAGAUAGCAGGCCCAGCAACAUCUUCGGGACGUCGGACGUAUACAAGCCGAACUACAAGCUGCUGCCAGGCACGCUCAGUUUCAGCAUCGGCAACAGAGCCGACGUGUUUGACAAGAUCCUGCCUCCGCCGCCGAACAUCAAACUGCUGCUGAAGGCGAUGCACAUGAGCGACCUGCAGGUCCUGGAGACGCAGGAUCAGCUUAUCAACAUCCACACUGAACUGUUCAGCAUGAUUAUGAGGGACUUGGCGGCUACCAGGCACGCCGUGAUAGAGAAAAAGCUUGUAGAGCGGAAGCAAGCGAGAGUGGCUGCAGCAGCUAAAUCCAACGUGGAUCCUAAUUCAGUAUACUUGGGACCGAUCUACCUUAGGGAGUACGUUGCUCUGGAAGUAACGUGUAAGUCGUUGUUCUCCGGUACCAGCCUUCUCUCCGGGAUCUUCAACCACGGUGACCCCAACGAGAUCCCCAACGUCUACAUUCGUUGCAAGCACUCUCACUCACUUCAGAAGGCGCUUGAAAACACCACGAAGACCAUGGCUAAGUUCCCCGAGGUGCUGUUCUUCUACCUCCACCCAGCGAAGAACGCUAAAAAGGGGGAGUUGUUCGACAUACCGCUGAGGUUGGACUGCAGCAGCCUGCGCAGCCGCCCUUCUUACCGGGAUGACACCGCCGACACGGGGGGUGCGUCGCAGGGUCAGAAGGGGAGCGGUCAUGGCGACAACACUUGCGACUCUGGAGUGAGCUCGGGUGCAGUGGACUACUGCGGCUACUCCGACGAGGAGGAUGACGACGACGAAGAGGAUGAAGAUGAAGAGGAUCAGGAUGAGCUUGGCAGUGAAGGAUUUGGCAACUUCGAUGGUGACGGCAAAAAGACCAAACACCCGGCGCAUAUUAAGUGGUACUCGCUGUACGCCCUCAUAUUGCGAGAGGGUGACAUAAGGUCGGAUGGCACGGGUAACAAUGGCGGAAACUUCCACUCGCUGCUUCUGCGGCCGGAAGAGGAUGGGCCGUGGUAUCGCAUUGCAGAGGGCAGAGUAGAGAAGCUAUCCACGAAAAUGGAGUUCACAGAGUGGAAGUGCCAUAGGGACUUUUUCUGUGCCGCGGCGGUGUACAUAGCCGAGGAUUACAUAGACAUGAUGCAGGUGGGUGAAGUGGAUGUAAACGGCAACUUAAAGACGUGGAACCCAAAACUCUACUACGAAACGUUGCAGCAGCUUGGAGUGACUGAAAGUGAUAUUGCAAAUCCGGCGAUAAGACCCAUGUCAGAGUGGAUGAGUGAGCACCCUACACCGCGUCCCUACUAUAAUGAGGGCGAUUCGGAGCUCAUGACGCCGCGUGGCUCCGCGACCCCGGCAUACUUGUCUCCACGUUCAGCGAGGGACGAUGCGGUGACUGCCAGGGGCAGUCUAUCGGAACCCGCCUUGACAGCUUCGGAAGCGGGCGAUGUACUGCCGGCCCCAGCACAGGUCCAAAGCCGGAAAGAUGAUUUUGUCGAUAUCAAGGCACUUUUGGGUGAUGAAGCGGAAGACCUGGAUCUUACCAACAUCGACAUCAUUUACAACAGAAAGGUCGGCCAGAGGCACCCCAAACUUGGCUCAUGCUGCGAAUCCCAUGGUUACAGCAGCAGCGCGUUGAAUAACCUCAACGACAAGGAGUAUGCGACGAAAAUGAUGCAGCCGUCUUCAGCGAAAGAAAUCUGCAGGCGCAUCAACCGAGCCGAAACCAUAAGGCCGUUCAUCAGGUGGCUCUUCAACGCAUCGAAGGAGAACACGACAGUGCUUAACGGGGUCAAGCUCCCUGCGGACGGCAAGAUGCUCGUGAAGUUCCUGCAGCAGCGUGAGCGGUACUUCGAGGAGGAGUUCUGCCACCUCAUAUGCGAAAUACUGCUGAAGGAGAUAGGGGAGCACAUGGCGCUGAAUGCAGUGUACAGGUGGGAAACCGACAAAUCGUGGUGCGGUUGCGAAUGCAAACGGUGUGGAGAAAACUGCCCCGCCAUGUUACUGACAGAAAACGGCCGCUUCGCCGGCGAGGAACUGAAGGCGCUGCUGACGGAACCCUCAACUAUUCUGUUCCGCAACAUUCAGAUUCUCCGGUGUCACCUGGAGUACUUCUGCAAGGAUUGCAGGAACCUCAGCAUGCAGUUGAAGGACGAGCAGCGGGUGGCGGACAUACGUGAAUUUAAGGCAACGUCGGAACGGUCGGCGCUCUUCCUCAUAGAGUGCAUCUGGGACGCUUGUGUGCGUUACACCCACGAUUGCAGGACCGUUUUGUACCUCAAGGCCAUAUCUGACAAUCCAAGUGCGUCCAUGGCCGAACUGGGCCUGAACAAGGUGAGCACGCUGGUAAAGCCCAGCGCGAUCCCGGCUGCAAAGCAAACGAAUUCGCUCAACUCCUCCGUGGACCAGUGUCGCGACCUCUUCGUUUUCGAUGGCACCCUGUCGCAAAAUGCGGAGCUUUUGGAGGGCGUGCUAAUCGACUACUACGACACGAAGUACGAUUUGACUCCCGCAGAGGAGCUAAGGAUCAUGCGGUACUUCGCCGCCAAAUACCAGUUGCCGCCAGUGUCUCAAAUGCGUAAAUUCUUGCGGCAGAACCACGUACUGGUCUUUUGCUACAUCAGGCCGCAUGAGCUGCUGAGGGCGUACCUUGAGGUGAAAAAUCCGGGCAUUAACGUGAAGGAGGAAAUUGAGGCCAUGUUGCCCAGCAUCAUCUGGAACGACGCAGCCUUCGAGCAGAGGGUCACCAUUAGCUCCCUCACUGACGAAGAAAAGGCGGCCUAUGGCAUCGACUCAGACAACGUCGACAUUGUUAACGGCGUUGGACACAACCUCUGCGACAUAUACGAGCAGUUGAUUGCCAAGAUGCUGUUGCAUAUGCAGGACGCAGAGCGGGGGAUGAGCACCAAGGUGCUGGAUUACAUUUACACCUGCGGUGACGUUGCGAAGGUCGUGGGCGCUAUAGAAGCGGAAUGCAGAAAAACGAUAACCAACAGCAACUUGGUGGUCAGGAGCAAAAGCCUGGAGGAUAUUUGCAAGUGCACCGGCAUUGCAGGUGGCUGCAAGAUCUCGCCUGUGAUGGGCGGCACCACGUACUUCCCAGACUUCGGCGUGUCCAGAGGGCCGUUCGCCCUGGACUUUGUCGAAAUUCAGAACAAUGAGCCUUGGCCAAGCGGGUUGAGGAGCGAGUGCGCUUCGUUCACCGAAGAGGUUUCUGACAUGACAGCCAAACCUGCCGACGCCAAGCGAAAGCAGAAGGCCAAGGAGCGGAAGAAGACCGUCGACAGCGCCGCGUGCAUAAUACCGCCACUUGACCAGGCGCUUCGCGACGUGAACAUUAGCCAGAGAACAGCUCAUGCUGCGGAUCCGAAACUGUUCCCAGACCUCACUGAGGUCAUCAAGUAUCCCAAUGGAGCUCACUGCUUGGGCAACACUGGAGCCUUGGCAAAGUUGCGCAGGUGGGGCGAAUACAACUCGCUUCUGUUCCACCAAACGCUCGGCUAUGACUUCAACGUCGCUGGUGGAUUCGCCUCCAUGCUGAAGGUUGAGAACCACGGCUCAAAGGCCACUCCACACCCGCUUUUGGAAGACAGGAAGUUUAACGAGGCGCAGUCGCUUAGAAUCAAGCACGCAUUCGAGAUUGGUAUUGUGACAACCCACGACCUGUCGGGUUGCGAAGGCUUUGCCUCAGAGGAGAAGUUGGUGCCAACCAAACGGCUACUGGUGUACCAUGAGUACGUGAACUCCCAAACUGGAAAGAAAGCGCCCGUCAAGGUCGAGCAUCUAUACUGGGGCUUGCGAAGGCUCCUGCAGCAGCAGGUGCCAGCUGACAUGGACAGCGUGUUCGUCCAGGCGAGCAAGGGGAAGAAGGGUAAAGGCAGCACGAAAUGUGUCUGCGGCGGUCGCUGCGAUUCCGACGAGUACGAGUGCACCGCUAACAUGCGCUGGAAACCGCUGCCUCGUGACUGCUUUGUGCUAUAUGCCCUGAGGCCGGACAACAACAAUCCCAUCAGAAGGGGUAGACGCCGAUUCACCUUCAUGAACCCUGAAUCCGAACUAUCGCAAUACGUUGAAGGCACGAAGAAGCAGGUCAACCCCAAGACGCCAGACCUGGUCGUGCUCAUCGUGGGCGCGCCACUGUCCCUGUGCAGCACACCGACCACGCCGUUCCCGCUCACGGACGACACCGACUACCCGUUGCUCCUGUUCAAGUGGAUGUGCACUGAAUCGGUUGACCUUAUAUGCUACGGCGCGGUAGUUUGCGACGCCAAGAAGCAACUGCAGCAUUACAUCUUCGACUGGCUCCUGCCGUUGGUAAGGGAAAGUGGCACGUUGCCGAAGCUCGGGCCCAACGAGAAAGAGGACAUUGAGAGGUACCAGAUUCUGGAGGAAUGCAGCGUGCGAACGGUGCAGAAUGUGCGCCGCUGGAGCUGCGCCAUACGGAAGAUCAACAAGAGGACCGGCGACAUCAUCAUCGCUCAGCUGAAAAGGCUCACAGACUCGCCGGCCACUCUGAAGCUCAGGGAGACAACGGCCUUUUUGCAUACCGUGCGUGAGCUCGAGGAACUCCAGACGCUAGAGUUCCUUCCUCCGGCUGAGAGAAUAGACGAAAUCAUCGAAAUAAGUAAGGGGAAAGUGGAAUCCAUAGAGCCGCUGCCCCAAGUAGUAGACGACACCCAGAAGCUGGGAAAGAAAAAGAAAAAGAAGAAAGUGACCAAAUCCGCAAUUCCGUCUAACAAGAAGAGUACGUUCUCUAAAUCCAUCGUCCCUGUAGAAAGUGACUCCGAGGAGAGUGUAGCGGAGCAAUCGCAGCAGCAAGAUGCCGCCCCUCCGACGGAGGAAACGUUGACACCCGAGCCGGAUGCCAAGAAAACGGCGGAUGUUGCAGUCCCGAUUACUGAGCCCGAAACUGGUGCUCCUGCCAAGGAAGACGAGGAAGAGGAGGACGACGAAGACGAGGAUGAGGAAGAGGAGGAUGAAGAGGCCGAGGAGGUUGAUACCGCCCCCGCCGCAGUAGUUGAGGAAGUGAACGAUGAACCGGAUGCAGAGGAGGCCGCUGAGGAAGUGGAUAUCGCUCCCCUUGUCGACGACGCUCUCGCCGCCGUGGUGUCCUCGAGGACCGUCGUCGACCGAUCAGCCAUAGAGAAGCGGGGUCUUCCAAGCGGCAGGAUGCAGGACUUUUUGCAGAAGGUAGACAUGCCCAACCUGCUGUCCAACGACUCCGAGAUGGUGACGCAGAUGUGCUCGUAUAUCCAGAAGGUGAUAGAGGGGGAACUGGCGUUGGUUGUACCACCGAUAAGCUCGCCCUCCAGAGACCAAAUCAUCAUCACUGUGAAUUCCAAGGUUCGCACCUGCAUCGACAUUCUGUUGUGCCUGAUCAGGUGCAUGAACAAGAAUGGGUGGCUGAUUAGCAGCUUCAGGACCAUGGUCAACGCAAUAUACGAAAAGGCACCGCUAUCAGCCGCGGCGAUCGCGUGCUACGCCUUGUCAGCCAUGGGCAACAUCUGCAUCGUGGAGAACAUGAAGUCCAAGGCAGCCAUAGAGUUCGUUCGUGACCUUGCGAAGAAGAUGGCCGACCAGUGCGUUGAGCACUCCUCGAGCAUUUUCGAUUCCACUGACGCGAAGUGCACCGUGACGUCGAUGCUGAUGUGCCUGUACAUCUACUCGGCGGUGAACGAGAACAUUGCCAAGAUCUGCGACCAGAACUCCUCCCUCAUCUUCCUCAUGAACGUCGUGAGGGAGAAGCUCUCCGUAGUCCCGGAAUCUGACGAAGAGGAGCGUUCAUCGACUAUCACAUUCAGGAUGGACGCCUUGGAACGGUUCCUGGGUGGCCCUGGCUACUCCGCUGUCGCCAACGCCUCCCUCGCUGACCAGGUGAACAAGUCUCCAGGGCUGAUGGCCGCCUUCAAGAGCGUGCAACCGCCCUUCGCCAACGAAGAGCUGCUUAUGGCGUUUGAACGCAUCACUUUCCAAGAGCAAAAGAUCUGGUGGCACACGCGUGAGGCCCUGAUGUCCAACAUCAAGGCGUUGCUCGACCAAGGCGUUGUGAGCUUCGUAGUGGUCAUUGGUGACGCGGAGGCCCGAAGAAGUCGGCACGUCGACGACGCGCUACCGCUGGAGAUGUCGUUGGCCGAGUUCAAGUGCCUGCAGCAGUGCUGCAGCAGGUACCCCAACGAGCUCGGAAUCGCCAUUGACGUCGGCUUCGUCCACGCCGGCCCGCUCAACGCGAUCAGCACCCACCACUACCACCCGACCGGCGAUGCUGCCGCUGUGGUGGACGCCGUCGCAGCGCUAUCGCAGCUGGUGAAGUCGCGCAGCCGUCGCCGCACAGUUGCAAACGUUGCGCUCGACGAGGGCGACCAGACCAGUGUCUUCGCCAACCUCGACGACAUGCGGCUCUGGGGCAACCAGACUGCGCUGGUCAUCAUGUCGGUGCGGCUCUCGGGCACUUUGGACUCGGUCUCCACGGAGGACGUGGAGGCGAUCCUGCAGCACUACUACGCGCGGACGGUCAAGACCAUCCCGCCGCCGCCCAGACUGCCGCCACAGCAGCCUCAAAUGGACCUCGGGGUUCUCGAUCGCCUCCCUGAUGGCGAUGAGGAACUGCACCGCCUCGCGGCCGUCGAUCAGCCUGUGGUCGUACGAGAGCGCGAGGUUCAUAAUGGGGCGGAUCGCCAUGGCGUCGUCGCGCACCACGCAGCGCUUGAUUAUCGAGUGCAUGCCCAGGAUGGAGGACUGCGGCGGGUUGAUGAUCGGCGUGCUGAGGACGCUGCCGUACACGCCACCGUUGGAAAUCGUGAAUGUACCGCCGGUCAUGUCGGCCACCGUUAA